UUUUUGUUCAGGAGUGGGAACUCGUGCCGUUAUGUGGACAGGCUGUGAGCUGUAACAGUUUGUAAAGCUCGUAAAACCGGAAUUAAACGCAAGCGGAGGAUUUUUGUUCUCAAUCGUGCUGGUAAAUGAUCUGAUCAGGGUUGCAUUUUAUUGAUAAUACCACGCAACUCUGAAGUUUAACGAAGUGGAAGCGUUAAAGUGUGGAAGGCAGAGGACUCGUUGGAUUCGCCUGUGGAUUCAUGAAGACUCGGUAUGUCUGGAUAUAAUUCUCAAGAUCACAGCUGCAGGCCAUUUAUUGAUGGGUGCAUACUGUGAGGCAACACACCAAGAGGACUGGAAAUCGUUUAGAAGAGACAGGAACGGUAAAAGAAUGAAGACCACCUAGAUAUUGUUGUAACUGUCAAAGACUAUAGUUUUGUUGGAAGUAUACACACACACACAAGCAUUUGAACUAGCAAAUGUGUACCUGGACUAAAAACAUAAUCAGAGAAACCUGAAAAGUAACGUUGCCGGUUGAAGCUGAACUUCAGAGGAACACCUUGACACAAAGUGAUCAUUAUGAGUGCUGAAGGAUAUCAGUACAGAGCGCUAUAUGACUACGUGAAGGAGAGGGAGGAGGACAUUAAUCUGCAUGUAGGGGACAUACUGUUGGUAAGCAAAGGCGCCCUGGUGGCUCUUGGGUACACGGAUGGCCUGGAACAGAGGCCAGACGAGAUUGGCUGGCUGCCAGGCUUCAAUGAAACCACUCAGGAAAAAGGGGACUUCCCAGGGACAUAUGUCGAGUUCAUUGGAAAGAAGUGGAUCUCUCCCCCCACACCCAAGCCAAGGCCUCUCAGACCCUUACCUGUAGCUCCAGGCUCCUCUAAGGCGGAGACAGACUCCGACUCAGAGCAAGGUUUCUGUGUGCUGGACUUGACGGAACAGUUUUCCCUUCCAGAGACUGCUCCGCCCUUGCUCACCGGACUGCUUGAAGCUAUUGAGAGGAAAGGUCUUGAUAAUCCCACUUUAUAUCGAACAUUUACUGCUGGUGGUGGACUUGAAGUCAGGCAGUGUUUUGAUUGUGAUUCUCCCUCACCAGAACUGGAUCAGUUAGAACUUCCAGUCCUGUGUGACGGUCUACGCAGGUACCUGCAGGAUCUCCCCCAGCCCAUCAUCCCCACUGCAAUAUAUGCUCAGCUGGUCCACACUGCCAAAGAGGUGGUGAAUCCUGCGGAAUGUACCCAGCUGCUACGUUGCAUUGCCAGCACCCCAAGCUUGCCUCCCCAAUACUGGCUAACACUCCAGUGUCUUCUAAGGCAUUUCGCUAGAGUGUGCCAAAACAGCUCCAAGAACCUGCUCAGCGCCAGAGCCCUGGGCGAGAUCUUCAGCCCUGUGUUUUUCAGACAACAGGCUACCAGUUGUGAACCCAGCUUGGAUGCUCACAUCAAGAUCAUUGAGAUUCUGGUGACCAGUGAAGGGAGUGAAAGUCAGACAGCUCCAGCUCUACCUCCGAAGCCACCCAAGCCCACAUCUGUGACUAACAACGGUAUGAACAACAACAUGGCUCUACAAGACGCCGAAUGGUACUGGGGAGACAUCUCAAGGGAGGAGGUCAAUGAGAAACUGAGGGACACUGCGGACGGUACGUUUCUGGUGCGAGACGCAUCUACAAAAAUGCACGGAGACUACACUCUGACUCUGAGGAAAGGAGGAAACAACAAGCUCAUUAAGAUAUUCCAUCGGGAUGGGAAGUACGGCUUCUCAGACCCUCUGACAUUCGGCUCUGUCGUUGAGCUCAUCAACCACUAUCGCAACGAGUCACUGGCGCAGUACAACCCCAAGCUAGAUGUCAAGCUGCUGUAUCCAGUCUCCAAACACCAGCAGGAUCAGGUGGUGAAAGAAGACAACAUUGAAGCUGUGGGGAGGAAGCUCUGCGAGUACCACCAGCAGUACCAGGAGAAGAACAAAGAGUACGACCGCCUGUACGAAGAAUACACCAGAACUUCACAAGAAAUCCAAAUGAAAAGGACGGCUAUAGAGGCUUUUAAUGAAACUAUAAAGAUAUUUGAGGAGCAGUGCCAAACACAAGAGCGGUACAGCAAGGAGUACAUUGAAAAGUUCAGGAGAGAAGGCAACGACAAGGAGAUCCAGAGGAUUAUGGGCAACUACGAGAAGUUAAAGUCCCGAAUAAGUGAAAUCGUAGACAGCAAGCGCCGACUGGAGGAAGAUCUGAAGAAACAGGCGGCCGACUACAGAGAGAUCGACAAGAGGAUGAACAGCAUCAAGCCCGACCUCAUCCAGCUCCGCAAGACCAGAGAUCAGUAUCUCAUGUGGUUGACCCAGAAGGGAGUCAGACAGAAGAAACUCAACGAGUGGCUCGGUAUCAAGAACGAGAACACAGAAGAUCAAUACUCUAUGGUGGACGACGACGAAGACCUUCCUCAUCACGACGAGCGAUCCUGGAAACUGGGCAACAUCAAUCGACUACAGGCGGAGGCUCUCCUCCAGGGCAAGAGAGACGGAACAUUCCUGGUUCGAGACAGCAGCAAAGCAGGAUGCUACGCCUGCAGUGUUGUAGUGGAAGGCGAGGUGAAGCACUGCGUCAUCAACAAGACCCCCUCAGGUUAUGGCUUUGCCGAGCCGUACAACCUGUACAGCUCGUUAAAAGAACUCGUACUCCACUACCAGCACACGUCUUUGGUCCAGCACAAUGACUCUCUGAAUGUGACGCUAGCGUACCCGGUUUAUGCCCAGCAGAGGCGGUGAGGACCCGGAUAAAUACACACAUGGACACAAGAAAAGGCCUCAUGGGAGUUGGAGAUACGUGUCCUCAGACUCCAUGAUUAAGAAGAGGCUCCGUUUGCCGAAGUCAGACUUGAAAUCAGAGGAAAGAAAGGCGCCGUACAGCCUGAAACAUUUCAGUGACUUUGCCUGACCAUGAGGCUGAGGCGAGUCUGAAUGUACAUUUUUCUCUUUUGCUUUUUGUGGGAGCACAGAAUCAAGCAGACUGCUGAACCCUCCCCCAGCAGAGGACAUUUGAGGCCUUUUCCUAACGGUGCUUGUUCGUUUUCAAAGCUUUACCAGCCGGGAAUGUCUAAUCGCAGCAGAUAAACUCUUCAAAUGGAACUGUACCCACCGGCCACAACUUUGUUUUUCCACUUUUGUUUUUUCCUUUCACGUCAUCUGUGUGUGUGUGUGUGUGUGUGUGUGUCUGUGUUUCUGCACAAGUGUUUCUGUGUAUGUGGCUGUGAGUGAGUGUGAAUUGUCCAUGUGACCAAAACUCAUAGAAUCAGGAAAGCUGUGUGAGACGUUGGUGGGCUGUGUAACACAUACGCUUGUGUUAACUGUUGAGUAGCAGACCGUGGGGUCUGCUAAUAUAUGUAGCAAAAUGGCACUUUUUAAACAAAGUUUAAUUUUUUUUUUUUUUUUUAAAAGACUCCUAUGGACUUUUAUCAGAAGAGCAGAGAGCCUUCUUACUGUUGAGCAUUAUAGCGCAGAAGUAAACUUGAUCUUUACUGUGGGCAGGUGAAACUAUGAAUGGACUAUUUCGUGUACAUAUGUGAAAAGUCGUGAAUCAAAGUGCACCAUACCAAAAAGGAUCAGUUCCUGUUUAGUUCUGUUCUGAUCUGCUAUGCAAUUCUUUCUCCAUUAUUUCUUCAGAAUUGUGUUUUAUUCUAAUGCAACCCACAAUAUAAGCUUGUUUUAUUGCUUGAAAAGUAUCUUUUCCUGUGUAAAUAUCCAAGAGGAUAUUUUGUCAAAAUGCCAAGAUAAUAAUAGCAACAUACACUUUAUUUUAACAACUGGUAUAAGAUGGAAAAGAUGAGUAUUUUAUUAGUGUCUUUCCUAUUUUUUUUUUUUUUUUUUGGCUUCAAACUAAUGUUCUUCUCAGGCAGAGCCUUUUGAGUAUUUGAGCUGCUUCAGUCACAAGUACUAUUUCUUACAGAGCUAAGCAAAGCAUACAUGCAGUUCUUUGUUGAGACGGACAAAGAAAGGUCGAGCACUCAGAGAAUGGCAUGAUGGGAUUGUACAACUGUCGUCAACCAUCACCACGAACACAACAGUAUAGAUUUAUUUUGUUAUAAGAUAUAUGUUCCCACAUGAGAAUAUAUCAAAAGCAGACUGGUGUGUUCAACUGAUGGAUAUUGUUAUUAAAGAUCAAUAUACGUUGUCCACUUAGUAUUUUUCUGUAUCAGAAAAUCACUGUGUUUACAUAGGAGGAUUAGCUCAUUUCAGAUCUGUCUGUAAUUUCAUGUUUCAAGAGGACAACAUGUGCCAGUGGAAUCCAUGACAGAAACAUUUUGCCACAGCUCAAAUGCAUUUCUUUCCUCGUCUUUAUUCUAGCUUAUUACAAGCCCAAUGAUUCAAGUGAUUCAAGGAACAAACCCAGUGGACUGGUAAUUAUGAUCAAAAAUAUUUUAGAUUAAGCUUUUAGAGAAAAAACAACUAGCAAUUGGAAAACCUCGUUAAGUCUAAAUGAUGUGAAAAAUUAAAUCACUCGAAUGACAAAAUGUCUUAAUAAUGCAUGUAUUUUACAAUCCUAGAUCUACUUGCCAUUUAUUAGUUUAGAUGACACUUUAGUCCCACACCAAAAUUUAGUCAUGGCACAACUUCUUUGUCUACAUGUGUAUAAACAGGUUUAUGACGACAGCUAAGCCUCCACUCGUGUCACUUCCUGUCAAAAGAAAUGUGGAUAAUCAAUUAUGUCAACCGUUUUGAGAGAAACGCUGCGUGAACUAUGACUACAGGGGAAAAAAAAAAAAAAAAGCCAGCACAGAAACACUUAGUGUUUAGUUUCUUUGCGUAUUAUUAUUCUUACACCCCCAUGGCAGAACUGUCCUGCAGCUUGAGCAAGCUACUACAAUGUAUUUUAGAUGUAUUUGGUCAGAUUACUCAUCCAAGAUUAAAUUCUUAGCUCACUGAUAGAAACUGUCAUUUGUCCUAGGUUUUAUCACUUCUUUGUCAUGUCUACUAGAUAAUAUCAGACAUUUGUUUUACUAGAAGUCUGAUUUUAUUUACCUCCCUAACAGCUGCUGGCAUGAACUUUGUUUCAAAUUGUCAAAAAUGUUCUUUGACAAAAUGCACCGUUAUUUUCUCUGCCCCAAUUCUGGGUUGUAUGAUUAUUUUAGGUGUCUCUUUUUUUUAUUUUUUAUUUUUUUAUUUGCUCAUCUUUUUGUGGGUGUCCCCAGACAUAAUGAUUGGAUUGAGAUUUACCAGUGUUUCCCAGUUUUGCUUCAAAUCUGUAUUGGGCUUUGUUAAAAUUGAAUUAAAACACUUCUUUUUAAGAAA